CACCACUGGCAACGACAAAUAAUAACGAUCGAAACUUUAAAACGCGAACAACGACCGCUCGCGGGGCUAACGGCUAACAGCAACAACAAUUAAAACCGAAGCAGCAGCGAAAGCAACAAAAGCCGCGCAUCGCAAAAAACUGUCUGAGUAAUAAAUCGGACGUCCCAUGAUGAUGAUGAUGGCCACCAGUGGCAGAAGCCGGGGCAUUGCCUUCGUCGCCUGGACGGUGUUCGCCUUGCUGCUGACGCACGGCGGCGAUGUUGUGGAUGCACGCCGUAACCAGGGCAACGGCAAUCGCAAGACCUCCUCCUCGUCCGGCUCUGGUUCCUCCUCGAACUAUGGCCAUGUGACGCAGCCAAGCUAUAAUACCAAUGGUCAUGCAGCCGGCGGCAAUUCGCAUGCGGAUGCUGCCAAGCUUAGCUACUCGAACUACAACUCGCAACCGAAUCGUCCGGCGGCAGCAGCAGGAGCUGGCGCUGGCGCUGGCGCUGGUGCCGCUCCGCAACCGGGUUGGAAUGUGCCCCAGGGACCGCCACCAGCUUACUCUGCCUCCAAUCCUGUCGGCGGUGCCAGACCCAAUAUGCACGAAGCACCGCCGGCCUAUCAUGCUCCCAAUUAUGGUGCCGCUCCUCCUAGUUAUGGUGCCGCCACCCAGAAUCAUGGCAAUCAGUAUUCUUCGGGUGUGCCAGCUGGAGCUACGUACUAUCCGGCAGCGGGCGGACAUGCCGGCGGUUAUCCAUCAAACUUGCCAGCUGGUGCUACCUAUUACCCAUCGGCUGGACAUGUUCCCAUGGCUGGUGGCUACCAUCCGGUUGCUGCUGCUCCACCGCCAGGUGCCACCUACUAUCAGGCAGGUUCUGCCCUUCCCCCAGGUGCCACCUACUACUCGGCACCGCCGCAGCAGUCCUCCUCUGGCCUGGGUUUCGGCACUGGUCUCCUUGCUGGCGGCCUGGGCGGCGCUCUGCUGGGCCAUGCUCUCACACCCUCCGGUGGCAGUAGCUCUGCACCCGUGGCCGCAGCUCCGGCAGCUGCUGGCCAGGAUCGCAUCAUUAUUAUCAACAAUGGUGUGCCGAUGAAUGCCACCGAUGGAACAACAGUGAUUAAUGCCAGUGGUGUGGCAGCGGCACCAGGAGCAGCACCUGCUGGAGCUGCAGCACCACCAAUGAAUGGAACACAAGAGGCCGCUCAGCCUGCUCCCAUGGCACCCAUGGCUCCCUUUAACCCGGAGGCCUCGAAUAUGACCGGAACAGAUGCAGCAGCUGCUCCGCCACCAGCAGGAGGCAUUAUUUGCGUUCCCACAAAGGUCAACGAAACGGAUCCCAAUGAUAGUACCAAAAUGGUGGAAGUAGAGAAGAUUGCCUGCUAUCCGGCACCGCCACCACCAGCGGCUCCUGCUGGCGAGGGUCCUGCACCCUUGGCGCCCAUGGCACCCGCACAGCCCGGUUCCCAGCAGGUCCAACAGGCCCCCGAUGUGGCUGCCCCUGUGCAGGCUUCGGUGAAGUCAAACCAAGUGACCAGCGGACAGGGACAAUUGGGUGGCAGCAUGCUGCUGUUGCUGCUGCUGGCAAUGACUUGCCUGGCCAAGCGGGGAUUCGCUGGCUACUAAAGAAGGGAGUGGGAAUGGGAAUGGGAAUGGUAACGAGAACCAUAUAUUUCCCCUAUUCAAAAGCUACUCUCUCCCUCGUUUGUAUUCAACUGUACCUCGGAACCCCAGCUUUUGUCAUGGCCUUGGAAUGAAUGCUUGUGUUUGCACUGGCCCAAGAUCGAUAUUCCAGGGCGCUAAUUGGACACAACAAAAAAAUUUUGUUAAUUUAAGCCGUACCGUACCAUUCCCCAGCAGAAAAUGUCCCCUAUAUAGAGAUACCCCUUUUUUUUCUAUAUUCCCUAUUCCGUAUUCCAUUUAUAGUAUUCAAGUUCCUCCCCCUUCACUCAGCCUUCAAUUGUGAUGAUUGCAAUGGGAAAACCAAGGGGUAACCAGAACCCCAUAAAAGCAACGUGAAUCUCGUCCCAGUGUGCGCUUGAAAGACAUUCGAAUAUCUAACUAUACAAAUAACUAUAUAUAUUAUAUACUAAUAAUAGCCCCCAACUAGAAUUCCCUGACAAAAAAAGAAAGAAAAACGAUGUCAGUUUCUCACUCACUAAAAGUGUAUAUUUUUGCUAGAAUUGUUACUCGUAAUUGUUGCUUGUUUAUGUGUAAUUGUUGUAAGCUGAAACCCAUUUGUUGCACUUGGAAAUUGUUGAAAAUAAAAGCUUUUCGCCUACACCCAGA